ACCGCCGGUCGCCCGGGCUGCCGAACCCCUUCCUGCCCGGAAACAAAGUGCACCUUUGUCAGCGACCUGGCGCGUGUGAGCGGCAGAAGACGGGCGGCGCGGAACCUCAGGGCGCGCCUUCGCCCGGGUCUCCCUCACCAGCGUCCCGCCGCCGUGGCUUGUGCUCUCCGCUUUCUGGGAUCUUGGCGGAACUGGAAAGGGACUUUCCGCUCUGCUUCGGCUGAGUCGUUUUUGACUCUCCAGCCGACAAGGCUGGGCUGCCUGGGUUCAGCGCCAUAUCCGCUGCACUCCGCCCCAUACCCCAGCUCAGAAGCGUCCCGUCUCGUCAGGCCCCGGACUACAACUCCCAGCCGUCCUGCGCCCAGAGCGCACGGUGGGCGGUGCCCUUGAGCAGGCGCCUGCGCGGACCGGCGGCUCCUGCCUAGAGUACCACACCCCCGGGAGGGGACCGAGGAGAGGCUGAAGCAUCCGAGGCAUUAAAGCAUCCGCGGGAGUCGGAGGGGAGGAGAAUGGAGUGACAGAGACGCGCAGAGGGUGGGGGGUGGGGGGGAGAGUGUUGAGGGAGGGGGGAGGGGGGGACACAGAGGGAGGAAGAAGCGGUGGCGGCGGCGGCUCCUCAGUGCAGAGGGGGAAACUCCGCGGGUUCCGAGCAAGAAUAAUGCGGUAGCAAGGCGGGCUGCUCGCUCCCGGUUCUGGCUUUAGCGGCUUCAGCACGAGCAACGGCACCGGCAUCACCCCAGGCGCUGACAGCCACACCGACCGGCUCCCUUGCUGAUUGCCGACUGUCAAUGGAGCUGGAAAACAUCGUGGCCAAUACAGUGUUGCUGAAAGCCCGGGAAGGGGGUGGAGGAAAGCGCAAAGGGAAAAGCAAGAAGUGGAAGGAAAUCCUGAAGUUUCCUCACAUCAGCCAAUGUGACGACCUCCGAAGAACCAUAGACAGAGAUUACUGCAGUCUAUGUGACAAGCAACCAAUUGGGAGACUGCUUUUUCGGCAGUUCUGUGAAACCAGGCCUGGACUGGAGUGCUACAUUCAGUUUCUGGACUUAGUGGCAGAGUAUGAAGUUACUCCAGAUGAAAAACUUGGAGAGAAGGGGAAGGAAAUAAUGACCAAGUAUCUCACUCCAAAGUCCCCAGUCUUCAUAGCCCAAGUUGGCCAGGACCUGGUCUCUCAGACAGAGACGAAGCUCCUUCAGAGGCCUUGCAAGGAACUCUUCUCUGCUUGUGCUCAGUCUGUCCAUGACUACUUGAAGGGAGACCCCUUCCAUGAGUACCUGGACAGCAUGUACUUCGAUCGCUUUCUGCAGUGGAAAUGGUUAGAAAGGCAACCAGUGACCAAAAAUACUUUCCGGCAGUACCGAGUGCUGGGCAAAGGGGGCUUUGGAGAGGUCUGUGCCUGCCAGGUUCGGGCCACAGGAAAAAUGUAUGCUUGCAAACGCUUAGAGAAGAAGAGGAUCAAAAAGAGGAAAGGAGAGUCCAUGGCACUCAAUGAGAAGCAGAUUCUUGAGAAAGUCAACAGCCAGUUUGUGGUCAACCUGGCCUAUGCCUAUGAGACCAAAGAUGCACUGUGCCUGGUCCUGACCAUCAUGAAUGGUGGUGAUCUGAAGUUUCACAUCUACAACAUGGGGAACCCUGGCUUUGAAGAAGAGCGAGCCUUGUUUUACGCAGCUGAGAUCCUCUGUGGCCUAGAAGACUUACACCGUGAGAACACUGUCUAUAGAGAUCUGAAACCAGAGAAUAUCCUGCUGGAUGAUUAUGGCCACAUUCGGAUCUCAGACCUGGGACUGGCUGUGAAGAUCCCUGAAGGAGACCUUAUUCGUGGCCGUGUAGGCACUGUUGGUUACAUGGCCCCAGAAGUCCUGAACAACCAGCGAUAUGGCCUGAGCCCUGACUACUGGGGUCUGGGCUGUCUCAUCUAUGAGAUGAUUGAGGGCCAGUCACCAUUUCGAGGCCGCAAGGAGAAGGUUAAACGGGAAGAAGUGGAUCGCCGGGUGCUGGAGACUGAAGAGGUAUACUCCUCCAAGUUCUCUGAAGAGGCCAAGUCCAUCUGCAACAUGCUGCUCACCAAAGACUCGAAGCAGAGGCUGGGCUGCCAGGAGGAAGGGGCUGCUGAGGUCAAGAGGCACCCCUUCUUCAGGAACAUGAACUUCAAGCGCCUGGAGGCUGGGAUGUUGGAUCCUCCCUUUGUUCCAGAUCCCCGGGCUGUGUACUGCAAGGACGUGCUGGACAUCGAGCAGUUCUCUACUGUCAAAGGUGUCAACUUGGACCAUACGGACGAUGACUUCUACUCUAAGUUCUCCACAGGAUCUGUGCCAAUCCCAUGGCAAAAUGAGAUGAUAGAAACAGAAUGCUUUAAGGAGCUGAAUGUGUUUGGACCCAAUGGUACCCUCUCACCAGACCUGAACAGAAAUCAGCCUCCAGAACCUCCAAAGAAAGGGCUGUUUCACAGACUCUUCAGGCGUCAGCAUCAGAAUAAUUCCAAGAGUUCACCCACUCCUAAGACCAGUUGUAACCACCGCAUAAAUUCAAACCACAUCAGUUCAAACUCUACUGGAAGCAGCUAGUUUCAGUUCUGGUCUUGAAGUCCAAAGUGGAACCAGCUCAGAUCCUUCUACUUGGAAGCGGAACUUGUAGCUGAUGGAGCUUCUACUAUGGCUGGGUAGCCAGGAGAGCUCCCCUGGGAACUGGGAUAGGAUACUGUUCACCCCAACAACAAGCCUCCAAGUUUCUCAAAGAAAUUUCCACUCAGGUCUGUUUUUCAAGGUGGCUGGGGUGAACUAGAAUUGUGCUUGUUGAAUAUUGCAAUAGAAACCCAAUGGGAUAUGACAACUUGCAUGGAUUUUAAUAGCAUCCUAAUUAGAACUGAAUUUUGUCUUUAUCAUUUUUAAAGGAAAGUUUUGUAAAUUUCUCUAUUGUCUCAGUUUACAUUUUGUAUAUUUGUAUUUAACUGAAAGUCAGACUUUGAGGGUGUAUAUUUUCUGUGUAGCCACUUUUAAGCCAUGUGUUUUAAGCCAUUUUAGAUGGGGGGUUUUACAAAAAAAAAUGUGACUCUAGACUUCCAGAGCUUCAAAAGAGAAAAUGUUUUUUUUUUAUUAAAUGUAGAAAAUGUUUCACCUUUUACCUUUUAAGUCCUGAUUGCAUCUACCUAUAUUCAUCUCUCUGACCUUUUCCUCAGUGUAGCCCUCACUCUCUUCAUGACUUGGAACAAUCAGAAUGAAAUGCCAAAAUACACUUGGGACAUUCCUCCCUCAAACACUCUCUGUGGGGUGGGGCAUAAUUGGUAAGAAUAUUCUUAUGGGCAGGCAUUUGACAUUGCAGCUUCUCUUGUUCUCCUGCUGUUGGGUGUCUGGCAUGCAGGGCAGGGAAUCCCAAGUCAUUGGGCUGCAGAUCUUGGCAGCUAAAGCCAGUGGUUUUCAAAGGAUUUCUGUUGUAUUUGAGAAUUUCUCCUAUAUAUUAUUUUUAGUAGUUUAUACUGAUGAUAAGGACCAGUAGGAAACACAAGUGUUCCAAACCAUGGGGCUAUGGAAAAGUAUGAGUUGGGGGGUCCAUCAUGAGUGACUACAUCCAUGCCUGUUUAGGCCUUGACUGGUCAGUAAAAUGAUCACCAUAUCAUGACAUCUUCAUGGGGUCCCACAGAUUUGUUGGCUCGUGUGACAUGAAGGAAGUCAUCUUUCCAGGCAAGUGGGAUGCUUAAGAAGAAACUUACACUAGUGAAGUGUAAGACAAUCUCAUUGUCACUUCCCAAAGAGAUCUUGGCCAAAGGCUCAUGCUAAUUGGGCAUCUUAAAGUCACAGGCACAAGUCACUCAUGGAAGACUUGAUGGACUUACCUUUCCAGCCCUGGGGAGUUGUUGCCCAGCCCCUGAAAUCCCAGGAGGUGACAAGGUAAAGAUUGGCCCUCACCUUCUCACCAGGACAGGGUAAGCAGCUGGUCUCACUGCUCCCCUGGGAGGAUGAGACUCUGAGUAUGACCCUGCCUCAAAAUUUGUCUCAGCCACCAACUACUGGGGUUUCUUACAGGGUGAGCCAGGUGCUACCUGAAUCAACUCCUGUUAAAAUGCAGAUUACUGGGCUACACCUCUAGCCAAUACUUGAUCUCAUUUUGUAGUCCAGGCUGGUUUCAAAUUAAAGAUCCUCCUGCCUCAGCCUCCUAAAUUCUAGGAUUACAAGAGCAUACUACCACGAAAAAUGCAUCUUUCCUAAGCUGCUCAGACCCUUCUGAUGCCCCAUAGUGUGAGAACCAUCCCCCAGGCCUGUGUAUAUGGCCAUUCCAAAUGUGUUUUCCUGAGACACCUGACAGCUUUGAGACUUCAACAUGUCAGGAAGAAAAUCCCAAGCAUUUUAGUCUCAUAUCUUUGAUUCCAAUGUCUUCCAGGGCUCACUGCUAGAAAGGAGCCUAGUCUUUGGGAUUAAUUAUCCUGAAGUCAGUUAACCAUGAGAGAAGAAACAGCCAGGCUCUAUGAUGCAUGAUUAACCUCAAGCCUGGCCCCUUGACUGCUUCUGAACUUUUGAAGAGCUGAAUAUGAAUCAAAUGCAAUGCAAAUGACCAUAUCCAGGUUCUACUGGGGAGUAGUAGGACACUCAGUACUUCCAGAUCAUCACGCUGUUGCCCAUGCUUCU